CAAAGCCAUAAGAGUGAUCAUAUAGCUGUGGGGACUCUUUUUCACAACCAUAUUUAUUUCCCAUCUUUAAACUCUUAAUCAUUGAUCUCAAUCUACAUGAAUGAAGUUUUUAUUUCUUUAUGAAUCAUGGUAGUCAUAGUCAUUGAUUGCUUUAGAAUACAAUCAUGGUAUGUUUAUUAAAGAAUGCCAUUGUAUUUAGACUGAUGAAUUGAAUGUCAUGGCUUUUGAUUUGUUUGUUAUUUCUUUACUUUAUCAUUCAAACAAUUUCUCGUGUAUAUGAAAACUCACAUCAGCUGACCAGCUCCCACACAAUCAAGUAUAAGCUCUCUUUCUCUCUUUCUUUCAUAUAAAAACUCAUUUUUAGCUCUCUUUCACAUUAUGAUCUUUCUCUGUCUUUCUCUGCUGCACGCGUGCACAUACACAUGGAAACUCAUUCUUCAAUCAUUCAAAUGGGAAAAGAUGCAGUCAGAGCUGUGGUCAGAGCUGUGGUGAUGAUGAUUAAGCAUAUUUAAGAGAAGCACAGAGAGAAAGAGAGAGAAAGACAGGGAGGCAGAGGAAAUCUUUGUCCAAAAUGGAUAGUUUAUGGGAUGUUUUGGUAGUGACAGCCAUUUUUUUUACCACCAUUAUUCUCUAUAGGAACUGCUUUAGACUUCUCAGAUCAAAAUUCUGCAACCAACUCCCUUUGGGCUCUCUUGGCUGGCCUUUCAUUGGUGAGACUAUUGAGUUCAUCUCCUGCGCUUAUUCGGACCGUCCCGAAACCUUCAUGAACAAACGUCGUCGCCUGUAUGGGAAGGUGUUCAAGUCACAUAUUUUUGGAAGUCCUACCAUUGUUUCUACUGAUUCAGAAGUCAGCAAGUUCAUUCUGCAGAGUGAUGCCAAGGCUUUUGUACCGUCUUAUCCGAAAUCUUUGACAGAAUUGAUGGGGAAGUCUUCUAUUUUGCUGAUAAAUGGGAGCUUGCAGAAGAGAAUUCAUGGUCUUGUGGGAGCUUUCUUCAAGUCUUCACAUCUCAAAGCUCAAAUAACCAAGGAUAUGGAGUGUUAUGUCCAAUUAUCAAUGGCAAAUUGGACUGAGAACAAUCUUAUUUACCUUCAAGAUGAAACCAAAAAUAUUUCCUUUCAAAUAUUAGUAAAGAUAUUGAUUAGUUUAAAUCCUGGUCAAAGGAUGGAAUUUCUCAAGAAACAGUUUCAAGACUUCAUUGCUGGGCUUAUGGCUUUGCCAGUGAACAUACCUGGAAGCAGGCUUUACCAAUCCUUGCAGGCCAAAAGGAAUAUGGUUAAACUAGUAAAGAAGAUAAUACAAGAGAGAAAAAGCUGUGGAAUUUCACCUGUCCCAAAAGAUGUCAUGGAAGUUUUGCUCAAAGAUGAAAAUGAAGAACUAACAGAUGAUCUAAUAGCAGAGAACAUGAUUGACAUGAUGAUUCCUGGGGAAGAUUCAGUGCCAAUCUUAAUGACUCUUGCAGUAAAAUACCUUUCUGAUUGCCCCGCUGCACUUCAACAGUUAACGGAGGAAAACUUGAAGAUGAAAGGACUGAAAGAGCAGCUCGGUGAGACGUUGCAUUGGAGCGAUUACUUAUCGAUGCCAUUUACGCAGAGUGUGAUCACUGAGACACUAAGGAUGGGAAACAUUAUAAUUGGGGUGAUGCGUAAGGCAAUGAAAGACAUGAAGAUAAAAGGAUACCUAAUACCUAAGGGUUGGUCAGUUCUUACAUACUUUAGAUCUGUUCAUCUUGAUGACAAUCACUAUGACUGCCCUUACAAGUUCAAUCCAUGGAGGUGGCAAGACAGAGACUUGAGUAGUUGUAACUUCACUCCUUUUGGAGGUGGACAAAGACUAUGCCCUGGACUUGACUUAGCUAGGCUUGAAGCUUCCAUUUUCCUUCACCACUUUGUCACUCACUUCAGGUUUCAACUACUCACCGACGAAGCCUUUCAUCCGUCGGUCAGACUCACAAGUUCCAACUUCCACAACCUUCCUCCUCUCUCUCCGUCGGCUUUCCCAAUGCCGGGAUUCUCCCCCGCUCCGAUGACCACCUACGGCACGAUCCCCACCUCCGCCGCUCCUGGAACCUCCUCCGACCUCGACUUCGUCUCCCGCGGCAAACAGCGUCUCAAAGCCGGCCUCGCCACUCGCGUUCCAUGGCGGCUGAUGUUCGAUUUCCACUCCUUCACUCUCCCUUUCAACUUCCACGAAACUUUCUCUCGAAUCAAAACCAACAUCGUUUACUUCCGUAUGAACUAUGUCAUUAUCGUCCUCUCAAUUCUCUUCUUGAGCCUCCUCUGGCAUCCGAUCUCCCUCAUCGUCUUCACCGCCAUGCUUGCCGUUUGGCUGUUCCUGUAUUUCCUUCGCGAUGAGCCUUUGAUCCUCUUCGGCCGUUUGAUCAACGAUCGAUUGGUGAUGGCUCUGCUCUCGGUGUUCACACUUGUGUUCUUGUUUCUGACAAAAGCGACGCUCAAUAUCCUGUUGUCGCUUCUGAUCGCUGCUGUGCUGGUGCUGAUCCACGCCGCUAUGAGGAAGACGGAUGAUCUGUUCUUGGAUGAAGGAGCUACUACAGUCUACACUUUCGGUUCGGAUGCUCCUGGAACCUCAGUUUCUCUUUAUUCUUCGUAAUGUUCAAUUUGAUUUCCAUUUCCAAUGAAGUUAACGAUGUCUUUAUUCAUCAUUUUUUUUCUUGUUUUGAUUUUGUUCAAUCAAUCAUCUGUUAGGGAAUCCAUUAACGAACAGACUAAUCGUUAGUCUUGAAGUUGAAGAACAGAAUUUAGGGAUUUGAUUUCCACUAGAA